AUGAUCCACAAGGAUGUAAAAAAUUCCACUGCAUUAUGUCAUUCCAACCCAGUGCAUACUCAAGGUUAUGCAGAUAACAAAUCAUUAAGGAGUUGCGAUGCAGUUUACGAAGAUGGGCACAAGUUUGGUCGAUACUUGUUCUGUGGCAGGUUCCACUCUCUUAAUUCAUGUAAAUUUCAUUAUUCUGAAUGCUUUAAAUGUGGUGAUAUUGGACAUAUUCAGUCACUUUGUAAUACUACUGUUCAUCUUGCUGCAACUUAUAUUAAGUCUUGUAAUUCUGAUUCUAUUAAGUCCAGUGUUCCUAAAGAUAAUUUAUCUUUAUUAACGAUUUCAAAAGACAGUGUAGAGUCAUUAGCAGUUCAGAGUUAA